AUGAAAAAUCAAAGAAUUGUUGGUGAGGCUCUAGCCUCUGUCCUUCCUCAAUAUGAUCGCUCGUGGCUUCGGGUACCACACCUCCUGCAGCUUAAUCUCAUUCUUCUCGUUCCGCUUCUGUCAUCGGCGGUGGCUGGAUAUGAUGGAUCUCUUAUGAAUGGUCUUCAAUCUAUUGCUGAAUGGAAGGAGUAUUUUGGAAAUCCGUCGGGCUCUCUUCUUGGUGUUGUCAAUGCCGCCCAGUCCAUCGGAAGUGUCCUUUCACUUCCUUUCGUGGGUAUCCUGUCAGACCGAAUAGGAAGACGUCUGACUUUGCUAUCGGGUACAAUCGUGAUCAUUUUGGCGUCAAUAAUCCAGGCCGCUUCCGUCCAGUACGGUAUGUUUGUUUUCGCGCGUGUUUUACUUGGUGUUGGCUCAAUGCUGGUCGUGCAGCCUUCGCCCAUGUUGAUCACCGAGCUGGCGUAUCCAACUCAUCGAGGCAAGUAUACUAGUGCCUUCUGGACUAUGUACUAUCUUGGUGCUAUACUGGCAUCAUGGGUCUCGUAUGGAACUCAGAAGCACUUAGCUCAGUCUGAUUGGAGCUGGAGAGUUCCUUCUAUUGUUCAAGCUGGAUUUCCGAUUAUCCAGAUCUUGUUCUGGUGGGUUAUUCCAGAGUCACCACGAUGGUUGAUUGCCAAUGGAAAAGGACAAGAGGCUGAAACAUUACUUGCAAAAUUUCAUACUGCUGGGGAUGCCUCACAUCCCUUGAUCCGAUUCGAAAUGGCCGAGAUUGCGCGCACCAUUGAAAUGGAGAGCCAGGCCGCCGAGACCAAAUGGAUAACACUAGUCAAGACACCCGGAAACCGCAAGCGUACAUUCAUCGCAGUCUGCGUCGGUGCCUUUGCGCAGUGGAACGGUGUCGCGGUCGUAUCUUACUAUCUCACUCUCGUCCUAGACACGGUCGGAAUCAAAGACACGGAUACCCAGACCCUUAUAAAUGGACUGCUCCAAAUAUUCAACUUUAUAGCAGCUGGCAGUGCCGCUAUGUUAGUGGACCGACUCGGCCGCCGUACCCUGUUUCUUUGGUCGGCAGUGGGCAUGCUCCUGUCUUUCAUCAUUUGGACCGUCUGCUCAGCUGUGUUUGACAGUACACAAGCCAAACCGCUUGGAAGCACGGUAAUUGCGUUUGUCUUCAUCUUCUACUUCCACUAUGACAUCGCCUAUACGCCACUGUUGCUUGGCUACCCCACGGAGAUCUUCCCAUACAGCAUUCGCAGUAAAGGGCUGACCGUCGAGCUUCUCAGCGUGUAUAGCUCUCUAAUUGUUCUGGCUUUCGUCAAUCCCAUCGCUCUGGAUAAUAUCGGCUGGCGAUACUAUAUCUUUUUCUGCUGUUUCGAUGUGGUGGUUCUGGCAGUUACUUGGUUCGCAUUCCCCGAGACAAAGGGCUAUUCUCUUGAGGACAUCGCCGAAGUAUUUGACGGAAAGUCCUCUGCUGUACAGGGUGUGGUCUGUGAUAAGGAAGAUGAGUUCAUUGGAAAAGGCGAACAUGAUGAGUAUGUUGCGUAG